CACGGUAUUGUGGCCAUCUGGCGCUUCAGGUUGUUGCCCCCAAAAUGGGCAAUAUUCUAAGAUGGUGGUAUUCACUCGAAACAGGUUGAUUCCAUUAAAAUCGACAUUUACAAAGAGGUUGUGGAGUUCAGAGCUGAAAGAUGGAAUGACAGGGGCCACACGGCGGGAAGCUCCCGCGGUCGGGGCCACUACAGGGAACAAGUUAGGUUCAAUUGACGUCGUGCCUCGGUAAAAUUCGGACGGUAUGCCGACUAGCCAGCUAGCGUUUAGCGUGUCCACCUACCUAAGCUUCCAUAUGAUACAGGGCAGCUACGACGACUGCUGUUAUUCUAACACUCCAUCAUUACCGACAUUUAAGCAUAAAUUUUAAUCCAGACAACCUUCAAGGUUCAUUCGACGAAUAAUGAAAUGAAGGUAUAGAGUCUUCGGUGCGUAGGACACUGGUUCUCGAAGAUCGAAAAUCGAAAUCCGAGACGCGAAAAUGCCGGCCGAUCGGUUGUUGACAACGGUCCUACGGGCCUAUCAUGACGUUCCCAAUCCGGUCGAGACGGACAAGAUAUUCGGGACGACGACUACCCUCCUAACUAAUCUAAACAAUCCGCUUAAUCUCUCUCUACUCACUUCACAUUUCCUUACCGCGCGUUCAAUAUGGCAGGCCCCGGACGGACUACGUACUUGUCUGCGUAUCAUCAGCGUGUACAACACCGCCGCCAUCCACGUACGGAAGAAUGAGCUAGAGAAUGCGAACAAUUCAAGAGUAGGGAUACCGGUAGGAAGUGGCGUCAGUAGCGAAGAUUGGGCACGUGCAAUCGCGAAGGGGGCCGAUGAUCGAUCGAGUAGAUGGCAACAUACGCUGGUCUUAACCGGUGUUCUGAUGGGUAUGGAGGGUGACGAUAGAAGAUCGUUGUCGUGGAGUUUACGGUCGAUGCUCGAAAGAGCCGUCACUACAGCUGCAAACCUAGCUCUACACAACCCCCAGGAGUCGGGGCCGCUGGGGCGUGGUGCUGUCGUUCUGGCAUUGACAUACGCGGUUCCUCUCCUAUCAGACUCGGCCAAACAAUUAUUAAAUGGAAACGUCCUCCUACCAGCAAUCAUCGAAGCAAUGCUCGGAGAUGAAGGCUUCCAACAUGGCGACUUCAUCUCAUCCAUUUUGCGAGAUAUUACUCCAGGAAAGAUUAUAUCAUGGCGUACGAAUUCACACUCCGUCACCAGACUCCAGAUACUUGAGAAUCGACCUUUAACCCAGAAUAUGGGACCUCUAUCACGGCUUGUACCAUUCGCUGUUCAACAUACCACCGACCCCAAUAUAGUGCUUCAAGCCCAGAAAGAUCUACUUGGUUUCACGGCUGGAUUGUUGGAUAAAUGGACCCAUUGCCCCCUCUCCGCUAUCGACCUGUCAGUAGAAGCUGCAGCUCUCUCGCUCGAGACGCUCCAAGGCCCCCAUUUAAGACUAUGGCAGCUAUUCAAGAAGAUCAUGUACGCCGUAGUUGCUUCCCUCCAGCCUAUGGUCGGGCGUUGUCUCCUGGAUCCGUAUAUGAGGAAUGAUGCGAUAGCCCCGACCGUAGCUGCGCAGACGUUGCACACCCUACGCAACUUAUCCUUUAUUUCCACACGGCAAGGGGCAGGCUCAUUUCAGGUGUACGAGUUUACCUACCUCACUUCCCUAGACAUUAUCACACGUUAUCCGGAUGCUUGCGUGUCCUUCCUCCAAGACACUCAACCGCCUCCGACAAGCAAUGUGGUACCAUCACCAACGAUCCAAGCCCUAAGCCUCUUCUACCUAAACACGGCGGAGCACCUCCCAUUCUCGUUACCCACACCUGCGUGCGAGAACCUUAUCAUCACGCCCGCAACGGCAUACCUCUCUCCCACAACUUCCUGGCUCUCCAGCCCCGCCAACAUGCCUCCAUCAUCCCUAACGCUCGAACUCUUCGAGUCGGCGCACUCAUCCGUGCUCUCAGCGCUCUCGUGUCCGCAGCACAGCCCCCUCGCCGCCUCCCUCAUCCCCUUCUACAUCGACGCCCUGCUCUCCUCCUUCCCGUCGCGCAUCUCCCCGCGCCAGUUCCGCCUCGCCUUCCGCACCGUCAUGCAGAUCACCAGCCCGCCCUUCCCCAUCUCGGCCUCCGAGCCGGAGCUCUCCGAGACGCUGCUCGAGAUUCUCCGGUUCCGCGCCGCUUCCGCCUCGACGCAGCCCCUGCCGCCGCCGCCGAACGAGCCCGCCGCCGCCGCCGCCGUCGGGGUUGGCGGCGCUAAGAAGGAGGGGGGCGAGGCCGGCCCCGUCUCCGAGCAGUCGGCCCUCGUCCUCGCCAUCAUCGAUGCGCUACCCCACCUCCCCCUCCACGCCGUCGAGGAGUGGCUCACGCGCGCCGCAGAGAGCAUGAACGCCGUCGCCGACCCGGCCAUGCGCGAGGUCGCCCGCCGCCGCUUCUGGGAUGUUUUGGUUAGCGGCGAGAUGGACGUUGAGCGCGGCGCCGUCGGCGUCGCGUGGUGGGGCACCAACGGCGGUCGCGAGAUGGUGCUUUUUGGACGGCCGCGUGCUGCUGCUGCCGCCGGUGGGGGGGAGGAGUUCUUGAUGAGUGGUGCGUUGUUGGAGACGGGGAGGGAGGGGAGUAGGUUGUAACUUGUAGGUUGGGGAUUGUAGGGGGUGAAGUUCCGUCCAAGUUGGUCAUAUAUGUAUGGUCUCGGUGCGUUCGAGAUGGAUAUAUGAUAUAUCCGUAUUUGCAAGUACCUACCUACAUAUCUAGCAAAUAAGGUACAUAGAGAAAAGUUAACUUAUGUACCUAUCAUAUACCUCCUCGAAUUGAUGUCAAUAAUUGUAUACAUAUAUCACGUAUACCACGUACA